CACAGCCUGGUGUUUGGAAAGAACCAUCACAGAUCGUCAUUUCCUCCAGAAACUGCCACAUCUGCAGCCGAUAUCCGGCAGGGAAGGGAGUGGGAUAGUGGAUGGGUAUUGAUAGUGGAAAGGGAGAAAACUUAAGGAACUGAAAGAAAUGGCUUUGUAGACUCCAGAUGUAGUUUAGAUGUAAAUGAACUGGGAAAAGUGACUACAAUGUGCAUUGUGGAUUGGUAAAAUCUAAGCUUAGGGCCCGUUUCUCCCAGGAGUAGGCUAUAGUAUUUGCAUAGUGAAUGCUUUCAAUCCACAUAGCUAGAUCCAAUCCCUUGAAUAGGUAUCUAAAUCAAGGCGGGGUGUGGGAAGUCGGAGGGGAUACUGGAAAUACAAGCUUUAAGAGUCAAUGAUGAGAAAGCCGCAGUACUUUGUAGCCCCAAAGUUUUUCUUCCUCCCUAAGACGUCAUUAGAUAUCCCUUGCUGUCUUAUAAAGCCUCCCGGUUACGUAAGAAGAAUUAAAGGAAUUUGACCAACUCCUUGGUAGCUGGAGAGAGGGAGUUAAAAAGUCCGUGCGUCCUGUGUCUUUACUCAGUUCUGGGGUGUUCACUAUUAGAUGUGGCUUGAUGUUUGAGUAUUUGAUACUAAUCCUAGAGGGUCCAUCCCUCUCACAGAAGCCAACUUGGGUCAAUUGAAGCUAACGAGGGGGUUUCAACUGCAAGCAAGACCCGUACGAGAGUGCCGUGGGCAGGCGAUGAGGGAGCGCCGGGACACUUCGUAAAUGUGGGUGGGCUGCCCUCUGGCGGCCUUGUCCGCUACUAUCCAGUCAAGCCCUCGAAACGUUUUUGGACCGGGCUGGUUGGCGGGAAGGAAGAAGAUGGUCGCUGGAAAAUGGUAAUUCGACACAGAGAUCCCUUUUUUGGAGGGAUGACUCGGGAUGAAGAUGAGGAUGAUGAGGAAGAGGAAGAAGGAGCUACCUGGGGCCCUGGAAGCCCAAGGUUUGAGGGUUCUCAGCCCCCCGAGGAAUUUGACUUCAGCUUCAGCUUCGGCCCAGGAGGAGGGAUGCGUUUCCAUGAUAACUUCGGCUUUGAUGACCUAGUCCGGGAUUUCAGUAACAUCUUCAGCGAGAUGGGGGCCUGGACUUUGCCUUCCCGCCCUUCUGAUUCUGAAACAGAGACAGCUUAUGAGAGACAGCAGGAGGGACAGACACUUCGCGACUCAAUGCUUAAAUAUCCAGAUAGUCACCAGCCCAGGAUCUUUAGGGGGGUCUUGGAGAGUGAUUCAAGAACUGAAUCCCCAAAACCAGCACCAAACUGGGGCUCCCAGAGACCUUUUCAAAGGUUGGAUGAUAUAUGGCCCAUGAACCCCCAUUCUAGACCCAGAGAGGACAAUGAUCUUGAUACCCAGGUUUCCCAGGAGGGCCUUGGCCCAGUUCUGCAGCCCCAACCCAAAUCGUAUUUCAAGAGUGUCUCUGUGACAAAGAUCACUAAGCCAGAUGGGACAGUGGAGGAGCGCCGGACUGUAGUGGACAGUGCAGGCAGGACACAGACCACAGUGACCCGUCAAGAUGCGGAUGGCAAUCCUAGAAAUGAUCCAGAAUCACCAACACCUCCAACCAUGGACGAUGCUUUUUCCAUCCUGGACUUAUUCCUAGGGCGUUGGUUCCGGUCCCAGUAGCCUUGUUAACCCUCAGAGGCCUUCAGGUUUUUUCCACCCCCAUCCCUUGCUCUCCAUCAGUAAUCUUACCCUCUCCUACCACCUCAAGACCUUGGGUGUGUGGAAGAGCGAAUGGGGGAGUAUGUCAGUAUGUCACUCGCCUGAACUGACCAAUAAAACCUCUAUUUAUGAUAGUUCCUCGGUCUUGGUUUUAUCAAGACUGUCCUAUUUUCUGAAACCAUCCAGGACUUCCUAGUCUGUGCUCACAGUCUUCUCAUUUCUUAGUUUAUGCUCCACUUUGAAAGCCUGAUUUGAUAAGUAGGCGUCAUGUGCUAGUAGAAAAUGAUUUUCUACUGGCAAUAACUAGAGAUAAUUCCAGGGAAAACUUUAGAAGAGGAUGCAUCAGAUUCUUCCCCCUUGCCCCCCAAGAAAAGUAUAAAUGUAAGUGUAGAGGAUUGCUGCUUCUCUAGGAGUAGAAGCACGGUGUUGGAUAGUUCAUGAAAUA